UGCCUAUAAUAUAAUUAUAAUAUUGUAAUAAUAAUAAUACACUGCAUCACUGUGUUCUAAAUCAGGAGCACCACGGGUAGCUGUGUUUGGCCCUGCUUGGACCCAUCCAAUAAGCACGUGCAUCACGGGCGCAUCUACUGGCACUAGCCUGUGUGGUGUUGCAAAUUACUCCACUCCGCCAUGGCACCAUCCCAUGACCUCGAGCGCGACAUUUUUGGUGAUGGCUCUGAGCUGUCUUCAGAAGAAGAUGACACCCCCCAAAAUCGCCAACGCCAGAGCCAGGGGCGUCUUCCCGCUGUAGAAGAGGACGCCUUUGGCUCCUCGGGCGAGUCUAGCGAGGAUUAUGUCCAAGAGAAACCCAAGAAGCAGAAACGCAGGCUCAAGUCGCGUGGCGCUGCCGAUGUCGAUGAUGGCCAGCCAGCUCGAAGGAAGCGUAAGCGUAAGCAGCAGCUCACAGAAGAAGACCUCAAUGAGCUACCGCCAGAAAAAGCAAACAAGCUGCGCCUUGAUAUGCAAUUUGAUGCGAUCCUGAAAUCCAAGAAAUCCAGGCCAAAGAAACGUAAGAACGACGAGGACGUUUUGGAUCCCUACGCCGACGAAGAAGUCUCACGGCUGCGGGAGGCGAUGCUGAACGCAGCUGCGGACGACGAACAGGCUAACCGCGACAAGCUUCCGGCUACCAACAAACUAAAACUAUUACCUCAGGUCAUGGAGGUCUUACGAAAGCAAUCUCUCUCACAGUCUAUAAUGGACAACAACCUUUUGGAAGGCGUACGCAGGUGGCUCGAGCCGCUGCCAGACCGAUCUUUGCCCGCGCUAAAUAUACAACGGGACUUCUUCCCUAUCUUGCGGAAGAUGGAGUUCAUCGACAGCGAUGUGCUCAGAGGAUCUGGCUUAGGGCGCAUCGUUCUCUUCUAUACGAAAUGCAAACGUGUCCAUCCUGACAUACAACGCAUCGCCAACGAUCUCGUCUCUACGUGGUCCCGUCCCAUCAUAAAACGUAGCGCAUCCUUCCGUGACAGAGUUAUUCCCGUUGCACAGGACGACACUAUCGAACGCAGCAAUGAGCGUUUGAAUGCCAUCCUCGCCCGCGCCAAAGAACAAGAGAAGAACCGUAUCAGGAAGAACGCCGUCAUGAUUCCUCAGCGAGACUAUACUAAUUACACUGUCGCCCCCAAAGCUACAGCUGGUUUGAGGAAAAACGAUGCUGUCGAUCACGACGUCUCUCGCAGGAGGGCCAACAAUGAACGGCUGAGAACGCUGUCCAGGAAAAUGUCCACGCGGCCAUGAUGCUGCCAAGCAAUUUAGGAGUUUCAGUGCUCAUAUAGGAGUAUUUGUACCUUGUUUCCGGGUAGUGGUUUCCAUAUUUUUCUAGUAGCUUGAUAUAGGGUAGCACAUUUCCUUUGUUAUUCCACCGCUUUUCGGCAUUCGGUUGAUGCCGAUGUACUUGGCGACGUGAUGUCGACUCAGGGG